GUCUGGGGUAGACGUUUUUUAGACGGAGGGAGGGAGAGAAGAGUGCUAGCAGCAGUGGUGAAGGACAGGACAGCUGGUGUGAGACCAAGGCUUCCACAUUUAAGAGGGAAGAGAGUGCAUAGCACAGACACUCCUGACACGGAAACCGUCCCUGCGUGUCUUGGAGUGGAGGAACAGGGCAAGGGGGCAUACUGUCUCAGAGCAGAAGACUGGAGCUUGUUUUAAAAGCUGGGUUGUUUUUCUACUCUGUUUUUGGCUGUGCUGCUUCAUAAUUCCUGAUGGGUUUCCAGAAACUGGAAGCCGUAGAGCUCAGACGAGGAACAGUAAAUCUUCACAGUCCGUUCUCCGAUGGGGAAAGAGAGGAGAAGGCCUCACACAUGGACACAUGAAAAGAUGCUACAACCCCUGGCUAUUAAUCAGUGUUGUCAUGGUGACAAAGUGCUGUCAGCUGCAGGGGGAAUAGCUGGAAGGGUAGCCAUAGCAAUCAGCUGCCAAGCCAGGCUAAGUGUCUGGUCGCCAGCUGUGACCGGCUGAACGCGUCAUGGAGGACGCGUGGGCGCCUGGCGGCUCUGGGCCUCUCCCGGGCGGGGAGCGGGACAUCCCCCUGUGUGUGAGCGAGGACCAGCCGUGGAGCAGGCCUGGAGCUGAGGCCUCUCCAGAGCCCGGCUCGCCCACCUCCUGCUCUCCCAGCUCCCCCUGCUCUGUGCAGCUCCACUCUCCUCCGGGCUCCGCCGUAUCGGCCCUGCAGUCCAAAGUCAAAGCCCUGUCCGAGCGCAGGGCGGCGGGGAAGGACAGAGAGGACAGGGGCCCGGCCGGACAAGCCUCCUCAGUGCUCCUGACCGGCUCUAAGAGAGCGCCGCCCUGUGUCCUUGGGGCUCCGGCUGCAGGAAAAUGGCUGUCUAGCAGCAGCGAUGAAGAGAUGGAGCCCCACUCUUACCUGCCCAAUUUCCCUCUGCCUGGAGACAUGGAGGGCGUAGGGGAGGUGGGCAGGGGGGACGGGUGUGAGGCAGGCCCCUUCACGGGCCUGCUGUCUCUGUCCCGAGAGCUGGGAGAGGGGGCCAGUCUAGAGAGCCUGUCUGACAUCAGCUGUAGCUUCCCUGAGGAGCCCCCAUCCUCUACUUCCUGGGCUCCUCCUAGGGGCUUCUGGAAGGCCGCCCGGCCCGAGACGCUGCUUCUGAACGGGGACGCGGAGUCGGCGGGGGACAGGCCCCCCGGCGGGCUGGCGGUGGGGGCGGGGGCUCAGAAGAAGGCCCUGAGGGCGGGGGGACGGGGGGUGCGGAGGGAGAUUCAGAGGUCCGACAGCCUGGAGGGCCACCUGCGCAGGUGCGUGCCGAGCGAGCCGGGGGACCCGCUGGGGGGGCUGUGGAGGGCCGACAGCUGGGAGAGCGUGUGCAGUGGCGGGAGCUCCCUGUCCCUGGCGGAGCGGGUGGAGAUGAACCGGGGCCUCCUCAAGCAGAUGCUGAGCAAGCCCAGGAGUAAAGACCCCGAGGGCCUUGAGCACAAGGCUGAGGACUCCACACAGUGCAACGGCAGAGGAUUGGUGGCCCUGAAUGACAGUGACUGGGACUCUGGGAUAUCUCUGCAGGACAGUGAACACAGUCAACGGGCCUUUGUGCUGAGCGACGAGCUGCCUCUGAGCCCCCGGCACGAGCAGGCCAAACGUCUGCUGGAGAGAGCGCGCAUGAAGGCCCGGUCCUACCCUCUCAAAGCCGACCACACCAUCCUGCCCGUCCAGAGGGACCCCCCGGAGCCAUCGUCCAGGGCAGCAGUGCCCCUGCGCAGGGCUCCUCUGACGGGGAAGGAGGGUGCGGUCGUCUCCGGGAACCUGAGCGACUCGUCCAGCGGAGACUCGGUGUGCGGCCCCCGCCGGCGGCACGGCCAGUCCCCCACGCGCGUGCGCUUCGAGGACGAGUCGGAGAAGGAUGCGGAGGUGCGCUACCUGGAGCGGCUGAGACAGCGGCGCCGGGCGGGGGAGAGGGCCCAGGGCCUGCUGGUGUCCAAGCCCAGCCUCUCCUCCUACGUCAACGGCAGGAGGGAGAGCGACGGCAGCGCCGCGCCGGAGGCUAACCGCGCUCCUGAGAGCGCCCCCUUGUGGAACAAGAAGACCAGGAGGACCCAGGAGAGGCCCGCUGUGAACGGAGGUACCCACAACAAGGCUGUGCCACAGGAAGUAGCCAACAGGAAGGGCAACUCCUAUGGGACUGUCCCAGAGGGCGCCUCACAGACGGGCUGCGAUCGUGAUUCUCAAGGGAAGACUGCGCCCGUGUGGGUGGCCCCGGACCUGCCAGACUGCACGGUGCGCACUGAGAGGAUUAAGGAGACCUACAUCGGGGAGGUGGACGGCCCUGGCGAUCGCGACUCGGGCACGGAGCACGCGGGAGGGGGCGGCGCGGGGGAAAGGGCCUCCGCUCUGGGGAAGCUGAAGAGGCGGAGCAGGAAAGGGGACGGCAGGCCGGAGGCGGGGCUUAGCCCGUACGCCAGGACGGCGGCGGCGGGCGGUUGCCAGGAGACGUCCGCCUGCAGGCCGAGGCGCGGGGGGGCGGAGCCGAGAGCGAUGCCGCCCAACCCCUACGGCUCAGAGCAGGGCCCGGGGCCCGCCUCCCCGGCCUCGGCCAGGGCCCUGCAGCCUGCCUCGCUCGAAGCCUCCGCCCGUCCGCCUGCCAAGGACGCUCCACCCACCGCGCUGCCCAUAAAGUCCGCCCUGAAGUCGGGGCCCAAGAACCGGCCCAGCGGCCAGCGUGUGGUCCAGCUCAUGCCCUCACCGGAGUACCGCCUCAUUCUCCUGGACGCCCCGGAGGGCCCGUGUGGUCCGGAGCCCGGCCUCCCGCCCGGAGCCCCAGCGGAGCUGCCCCGUGGCCCUGAGGCUCUGCACCAGGCUCUGGAGGAGCAGCAGUGCGCUGCGUCCAGCUACGGGGAGGACAACAAGCCCUGUCCCCCUGGGCUGUCCAGCCCUGCCCCCUGCACUAGGCCCUCCGCCCUCAAGCACUCUCCAGCCAGAGGCCUUUCUGACCACGAGGGCACGGAGUCCUGGGACCCUGCCACGGAAGAACCAGCUGUGGGCGAGCACCACCAGGCUAACGGAGAGCUAUGCCAUGAUCCGGUCAGUGGGUGCUCUGCCCCUGCUGCUCGCUGUGUCAAUGAUGGACGAAUCAGGGGACCAAUGAGAGUGGAGCAUCUGAGGGAGGAUAGCUGUGAGCUAACACAUGGCGUGGAGUCGCACAAGAGAGUUGUGUUUGAAGGUCUCGACCAGAGAGAAGGCAAGCCAAAGCUUUCACUGCGCCGGUUCUUCUCAGCUAUCGGACUCAACAGCCUGGGCAAGCACAGCAAAGGGCGCUCCAGCAGCAUGGAGCAGCUGAGCUUCUCUCCCAAAAGUGGCCCGGCCUCCCCCAGCCCCGCACACAGGCACUGCGGCCAGCUAAAGAAGGCCCCCUCGCUCCAGUCCCUGCGCAUGGGGUCGCCAUUUGCCCAGCUGCGGAAAGCCUCGUCAGUACAGAGCCUACAGAUCCCCAAGAAGAAGGGAGACCGCUCCAGUGCUUACAUGCCCGGAGACCAGCCCUGCAGCCCGGCAUACAGCAGGGGGCUGCCGCGAGCUCUGAGUGUGGAGGACGUGGGGAGUCCCAGUGCAGUGCGCUCUGUGGGCCGCGUGGCCCAGGCCUUCCCCGACGGGACCCUGCUGCUGGAGCUGCGAAGGCCCCCCAACGGCCCCUUCGGCUUCCUCAUCUGCCGGGGCAAAGGUCGGCCAGACUCAGGAGUGUACGUAGAGGAGAUGGGAGACAGCAGCACUCAGAAGCUGUACGCGGGCCUGCUGGGUGUUGGAGACGAGAUCUUGGAGGUGAACGGGGAGAAGGUGGCGGGUCUGACCCUGGACCAGGUCACCCGGAUCAUGACACAGGACUGCAGCACCUCCAUCCGCGUGCUCAGACACCGGCGGGCCCAGCGCUGAGCCACAGAGCGGCCAAACCAAGGACAUGAGUCUGUUACAGAGUGGAACUGUCAGAGACAGCUUUUACUGAGCAACAGGAACACCCACAAGCCAACAAAAACAACAACAAGAAAAGUCCUCCAGCGAGCAGCUGGGAAAAUAAAGCAGUCAAGGAAGAAAUUAGCUUCUCUACUUAGCUUUGAUUUGGUACAACAGUGAGGAAAGCACUGCUGUAAUCCACAGUAUGCGUCUGCAGUGAGUUUAAGUUCCUUAACUGAGAUUCUGAAAGGUCAAUCCUUACCCUUUUUUCCUCAAGGUGCUGCAUACCUGAUCUGAAAAAUGUGACCAGCAGUGCACAGACCCUUGCCCCAACAAGCUUCCGGUGCCAUUGUGUUUCCUCAAAGAUAACAGAACUCGCUAGUCAUCCAUUAGAAAUAUAGCAGGCCUUGUACCUCGUGGAUUGUUUCAUUGUCAAAAGACUACUCAGAUUAAGAUCAAUGUGCAAUAAAAACAUAGUUUACUGUGGAAACCGUGAUUACCAAAUAGCUGUGAGACAGACAUACUGUAGAUAAGAAUGAGCAUUCACUUGAAUGAUCAUCAUAGAAAUGUGGAACAAACAACAUUUAAUUCAAGAAACCUUUCAAAACAGCAAUUUAUAGCACUGUUAAUAAAAGAGCUUUUACUUCAUUAAGAUAAAUAUAUUUUUUAAAAAGCUUCUUGCCAUGAAGGAUGAGAAGGUACAGGAUGUUCUCCAACAAAUCUCCAACUAAUCUCAAAUCUGGGAUAUUCACUGAAUUUGUAAGACAGUAAAACAGCAUAUCAGACAUGAAUUUGGUAGUGCAGUUCAUGUUGCCACAUCAAAGGCUUUACCACACAUUCAGAACCUGAACAGCUGAUCUUUGAGCUCAUCUUCUCUACUCCCUGAAUCAACAGCCGUGGAAACUGAGGUUUGUUCAGCUGUUCUGAAGCGUAGGACAGAAUCAUGGGAAAACAACAUAGCAGAGGAAUACUCACCAUGCUGCAAAAUCCAGCUAUGCCAUCUUAUGACCAGCUUGACCAGCUCAAUUUUCAAGAUGGUCAAGCUAGUAAUGAGCUGGUCUAACUGGGUAUGAGCUGAUCAAUCAGCUAGUUCUGUUAGCCUGUCUGAACUGGUAGCUGGCCAAACCGUGUCAAGCUGGGAGCUGGUCUGAACUGGUCAACCAGCUAAACUAUGUUGAGCUGGGAGUUGGUCUGAACUGGUCAACCAGCUACCAGCUGUUUCAAAACAUAGCUUGAGCUGUGUUUUUUCAGCAGGGCACAAAGGAUUGUUUUAAAUUUGACAGGUUUUACUCUGGCAAAUGGAUGACAAAAUAGUUUCAAUUGUCAAGCUUUAAUGUAUUAGAAGACUCAAGGAUCUUAUUUUCCUUCAGUUGAGUUAGUAUUAGCACAGCAUAGAUUACUGCUCUUUGGAGAUGUAUGUGUGUGUUAUAAGAAGUUUCUAUGCUCUGUUCUAAAUUGAGGGCACAUGCUCUGUGACCACUUUCUGCUUCCCAACAGGUUUUACACUGAACUAAAAGUCAGAAACCUGCUCAGCUAAAUACAACAGUCCUCACGUAACCAAUCCUUCUUUUCCUUGACAUUGAGAAAAUCCGCAGAUUAACAAAAUUCUAAUGAAUGGCCACAGAGGAUGUUAUUCACACACAAUUUUGAUCAUUAUAAAGGAGGGCAUUUACCUUUAAAAAAAAAAAAACAUUAUGAUGCCAAACAACAAUGAAUUAAAUGGUUCACUGUGCAUAGAUGGGGGCUGUGAAUGAUAGGGCUCCAAGUCACAGUCGAAUGUCUUAUUCCAGGUGUUUCUGGAUCACAAUAUAGUUCUUCAUUGGGGUUGCCUCAAUCUUUUCACAUUUUAUGCAGUCUUUUCUAUUGAAUCAGGUUCUCUAAACGAUCAGAAAAGUAAUCAUAGAGUAGGCAAAAAUAGUUCCACAAGAGUUUUCUUCUGCUUUUUGUUGGCUUAUGAUUCUGGGUUUAUUCCCUUGUCCAGCCUGCCUGUAUUCAACCUGUAAACAGAAGUGGUGGAGCUUCAUAUUUUUCAGUGGCUGUUUAUGACUCAUUUACCUCACAGGGGCAGGCAGAAUGUUUUUAAGGCAGACUAAUUCUGCUGCUGUUAUACACAUUCUAUCAGCAAAAUGUACAAUAACGUGACACCGCCAAUGCAUAAGGAGACAAUUCUUAUGAAAGACUGAGAAGACUGCUCAUGUGGUGGUUUGAAAUUCCAAAAUACGCUGUGUGCCGUUUUGCCAUUUCAGUAUUCACAACUUAGGAAAAAAGGUAGAACCAGCAAGUCAUAUAGUGUGACUAUCAUGAAGCACCAAUGUUGGUGGUGUCCUUCCAUACCUGUCAGUAUUAAAGUGUAAAAAAAACGUGAAAUUUCCCUGUCACACAAUCCAUGCAUUUUGUUACUGUUAUUUAUAUUGAAUACAAGGCAAAUAAAAUAUUUGAACGUGU